AUGGAGCUGGACCCCGCAGACUUUGCGUACCCGCUCAACAGGUCGAUGGCUAAUCUGAAGUUGCAAAGGUGGUCCGAAGCGAAGGAUGAUGCUUCGAGGGCCCUCGAGCUUGAUCAUGGAAAUUUGAAAGCGUUCUGGAGGAGAUCUAUCGCACGAAGAGGACUAGGGGAUUACUCCGGUGCACGACAAGACAUAAGACGAUACGCUGACGUCGGGGGAGAGCUGAAGAACUUGGUCGAUGAAGACGUCAAGAUCGCUUCUGCAGAGGCGGCGGCAAUGCUUGACUCCAUGGCUAGCGAGGACUCCACACCCAGUGGUUUCGUGGUGAAAGAGUCUCCCGGGAAGGGGUACGGUGCAUUUGCUACCCAAACCUUUCAACGCGGAGACCUCAUCUUCGCCGAACGCCCUCUCUACACUAGCAAUAGGGACUCUCCCCUACAAGUCGUAUCCGCCGUAUCUCGUCUCUCCCCGAAUUCGAAAGCGGCCUUCAUGUCUCUUCACAACGCAUGGUCCGGAGAUAACCUGUUUGGAAGCAGUGUCGUAGGCCUCAAGACGGCGGGAUUACAACCCGAGGAAAUGCGCCUCAUCAAUAUACACCAAACAAACUCCUUCUCGACCAGUGAGGGGAACGGUGGUCUCUUCCUCCGUUGCUCGAGAUUCAACCACUCGUGUCUCCCGAGUGCGAAGUAUAACUUCCACGAGCCGACGGGGGUGAUGAGGAUCUACGCACUGCGCACUAUCGAGCCCGAAGAAGAGAUACACGUCGGAUAUCUUAGUGGUUCGUUCCCCAAGUUGUACGGCACUCCACGCAGCGCGAGGCGGGCAAGGUUCGAGCGGACAUGGGGCUUCACGUGCGAAUGUGCGGUCUGCUCUCUCACGGGAGACGCACAGAUCAGGAGCGACGAACGAAGGACCGAGCUUACGCGGCUGUGGAAGUCUGUUCCGAAUUACGAUCCCUCCCAGACCAGGCAAAGGCUGCUCGCUAUCGUUCGUGGAGUUCGUCUCUUGGAUGAGGAGCGUUACGCGGCGGACAGAGACGAUUUUACGAAUGAUGCUGCGGCGAUAUGUGGGUAUCAUUCGGAUUGGGUGUCUGUGGCAUAUUUUGCGAGGAUAACGUAUGAGUGCAGAGUGGCAGAGUUUGGUGGGGACAGCCCGGAGGCGGGAGGCGCUGAUAUCUUGACGUCGUUACUGCACCCCAGGGAUAGCAACAUGGCGGGAUUGGGGGCGAAGAAGAUAUUCGAUGUGCGCAUUUGA